AUGGAACCUCGGGAAAAACGUUUCGAAAAUGAUGGAAAUUUUCCUCGACCGAAGUUCUAUUUGGCUCCGAUGGUUAGGUACUCAAAGUAAGUAUUUUCCCGCCUUCUCCGUAGCUCAAAACCAUGCUCAGGCUCGCGUUCCGUCAGUUGGUCAGGUUAUACGACGUUGACGUCUGUUUCACUCCGAUGAUUUACGCAAAAAACUUUAUUGAAUCAGAAAAAUGCAGAAACAGCGAAUUGUCAGUUUGUGAAGGUACGAAUAGCAAUAAAGCCGCAAAAAAAGUGAUUUUUAGGAGACUCCCCACUAAUCGUUCAGUUUGCCACAGACGAUCCGUUUGCUCUCGCAGAAGCUGCAGAAAUGGUGUACAAGUAAAUAAACACAUUUGCUGCGAGCUUCGUUAAACGUCACUUUUCCCUCAGGUGUUCCACAGGAGUAGAUCUGAACUGCGGAUGUCCAAAGCACGACGUCCGUUCCAAAGGAUUCGGAAGUGCUCUUUUGGGCAAACCAGAGCUUCUCGCAGAUAUGGUUCGACAGACAAGAGCACGAGUCCCCGACCCCGAUUUCAGUGUUUCUCUGAAAAUUCGAGUUAAUCAAGAUAUUGAGAAGACCGUCGAUUUAUGUAGAAAGGUGAGUACGCGUCCGUAAUGAUAACAAGAAUUAGUUGUCUCCAGGCAGAAGCCGCUGGAGUCACUCAUCUCACGGUUCACGGAAGAACGCCUUCACAACGAGCAGAUCCAAUUGAUGUCGAAGCUAUUCGGAUAGUGAACGAAUCCGUUGGCAUUCCAAUCAUUGCCAACGGAGGAAUCACGACUCGGGACGAAGCUCUCCUUCUGGCUCAACAAACAGGCGUCGACGGGAUAAUGGCGGCGAACGGGUUGUUGGACAAUCCCUCACUGUUUGCAGGAUAUGAGUACACUCCUAAGCAUUGCAUCGAAAACUUUGUUCGUGAUUCAUCGGUCUGUGCUCAUGCAAUUCCUCUUUUCUCAGAUGCGGCUCUCUCGCGAACACGGACUCGAUUGGCUUCUCUACCACCAACACCUCCAGUACAUGCUCCGACCGGUGCUCUCCGCACAACAAAGACGUGUGUUCAAUGAACUCAACGGCCGACUUGCCAUAGACCAAUUUCUGAAUGCCCUUCUUUACGGUUGA